AUGGAUUCCAAUAAAGAUCAACAUAGACGAAAAGUACAAUAUUUCAAAAAGAAAUAUCGUAAAUCAAAUUUAGGUUCGAAAACAAUAUCAAAUGAAAUAAUGUAUCAAUCGAUACAGAAAGAUAUGAUAGAAAUUAAUCAAGAUAAAUCCAUAUCUGUAUCUCAACGCUCUUCCUUGAAAAAGAAAUACUAUCCUUUAACUACUGGAUCAAAUAUCGAUCCAACUUUAUUUCUAUCUGAUUAUUUAAUGAUAUCUAGUGAGAAUUUUCAACAAAUGUUAUUCACAAUAAUCACAACCGAUAUUGGGAGAAAUUUCCUGGUUGAAUUAUUUAAAAAUGAAGAAACAUUGACCUAUAUUUGUCAAUUUACACAAUUCAUUAAUAAAUUAACUUAUUUCAAAUUACAAAAUGACCAAUGGACAUAUUAUUACCAUCUUGGUAUGACCAAAGGUAUUUGGACUCGACGAGUAUCGAAAAAAAUGGCGAUGGUUAAUUCAAUGUGCUAUACAUAUGGUCGACGAAAAACAUUGAUUGAACAACGUCGAAAAUAUUUUCAGCAACAAAUUGAAAAUAAUACAUGUGAAAUCUGUGAACAUUUAAAACAAGCACCUUCAUCGGUCGAUCUAAACAAACUUAUUGAGAUCCUCAUAGACUUAGUCUGUCAAGAUCAAUAUCAAUUAUGUAUUGAACUUCAAAGACGGAGAGGUAUGCUCAAAUUCGAUGCAAAAGAUCAUCAAUGGGUUGAAACUUUCUAUCAAUUAAAACCUAGACAAACUGAAAUACAUUCAGCAAAAAUUAUUUGGAAAGCUACCGACGAUGAACAAAAACUUAAAUAUGAGAUAGCUAUGUUUAAACACUGGUUGUCUUAUGAGUCUUCGUCAACUUAUUGUACUUUUCAGGAUUUAGCAUUAACAAAUAUCAAUUCUAUAUUGACAAAUCUUCUUUUUGAUCAACAAUGGUUAUUAACAACAAAUAUAACCAUGAAUGAAAUGAAAUCGAUGGACACAUUCAUGAACGAGUUAAUAAUGCGAACAAUCUCGGUUGCUGAAGAAAUUGCUCAAACAUACCAACAAAAAGCAAUCAAUGAGAAAACAAAAAUAUUGAAUAAUGGGAAAAAAUUGCCGAAACUACCCACCGUUGAUACGAUUAUCACUGCCAUUGAAAAUCGUCAAACCAAUAUGGUUCAUCGUGCUCAAUACAAUAUCGAACAAAUAUUACGGAUUGCCGAUAGAAAAUCGAUCACUACUGAACUAUAA